AUGGCAGAGGAUGAAGGCUCACAGGACACCUUGAGGCUCCAGUUCAGGGCCAUGCAGGAGAUGCAGCACAGAAGGUUACAGAAGCAGAUGGAGAAACGGAAGGAAAAAGAACUUAGCUUCCAAAGCAGAGCUGAUGACCAAAAAGAGCCCGUGGAGAUCUCUGAUGGCCUCAGCGUCCUCCAAGCCGGGGAGCAGAACUCAAAAACCAGCUUUGAGCAGAGGAUGCUUGAAGACGAGAUCGAACGGCUUCGGGAUCAACUCAGGGAAACAGUGGAUGAGAACGGGCGAUUGUAUAAGUUGCUGAAGGAGAGGGACUUUGAAAUCAAACACCUCAAAAAGAAAAUAGAAGAGGACAGAUUUGCCUUCACAGGGACGGCUGGUGUGGUUGGGGAUGUGACUGCCACCAAGAUCGUUGAGCUGUCCAAAAAGAACCGGGUGCUGAUGGCAGAGUCCGAGGGUGCGAAGACCAGAGCGAGGCAGCUGAGCAACCGCAUCCGGGAGCUGGAGCAAGAGCUGCAGAUGGCCCUGGCCAGGCUGCCAGCCAAGGGGGCCACCGACGCAGGAGCCAAGCUGCUGAAGGCCCAGAUGGGAGACAGAGCCUUGCAGGACAGCCCAGAGGUGAAGGUCUUGCAGGACAGGCUGGCGGCCACAAACCUGAAGAUGAGUGACCUCCGCAACCAGAUCCGGGCUGUGAAGCAGGAGCUCCGGGUGGCCCAGAAGGUUUUAACCAAUGAGAUUGGGGAAGAUGUGAACAUCCAGCAGCUCCUGUCCUCACCUGGGACAUGGAGGGGUCGAGCUCAACAAAUUCUCGUCUUGCAGAGCAAGGUUCGAGAGCUUGAGAAACAGCUGGGACAGACUCGGAGCCGGUCGGUAGAAACGGCCAGUGAUGAGCUGUCUGUCUAUCCCGAUCCAAGGAAGCUGUCGGCACAGGAGAAAAAUCUGCGGAGGAUCCACAACCUGGAGAGGGAAAAACAGGAAAGCUGGGAGAAACUUGCAGCGGAGCGGGAUGCCCUCCAGAGAGAGCUCGAGGAGCUGAAAAAGAAGUUUGAGGGCGUGAGGUCCCGGAACAAGGUGCUGUCGAGCGAACUGAAGACCCUCAGGAGUCAGAUGGGGACCCUCGUGGAGAAGGGCCGGCAUGACGACGAGCUCAUCGACGCCCUCAUGGACCAGUUGAAGCAGCUACAGGAGAUUCUGGGCAGCCUGAGUCUGCAGGAGGAGAAGACGCGAGCGUCCAAGCACCACUUGCACCAGCAGCUCAACAAUGAGGCUCAGCAGAGCAGCAGCCUCGUGGCCCAGCUGCGGGCCACGGUGGCUGAGCGGGAGGCCAAGGUGCGGCAGCUGGAGGUGGAGAUCGGGCAACUCAGUAUGCAGUAUCUUCGGAAUAAAGGAGUAGGCGAGGGGUCCAGUGGGCCCGAGGUCAACCCGGCUUCCGCCAAGUUCCCCGAGGACCCGGGCCUGACCAAUUCCCCGGCCUCAGCAGGUGAUCACGCUGGCAGGCUUGGAUCUUCUCGCUCCGUGACCAGCCUGGGCCACACACUGGUGGAAUCUGCUCUCACAUGGCCUUCCCUGCACAGUCCUCACGGGCCCUCACCCAGGUUCUCGGACUCCCCAGAACAAAAAGCCUGGCAGACACAGGUGACAGAGUUCAAAGCCCUGUGGCAGGCCGCUGAGGUGGAGCGUGACCGGCUCACCGAGUUCGUCACCGUUCUGCAGAAACGGGUGGAGGAGAGCAACAGCAAGCUUCUGGAGUCAGAGAGGAAGCUGCAGGAGGAGCGGCACCGCACCGCGGUGCUGGAGCAGCACCUGGAGAAGAUGCGCCUGGAGCCUGGGAGGACGUCAGCUUCUCAGAGAGCAGCCCCCAGGAGCAAAACAGGUGUGCCCACCUCUAACACCAGGCACAACCCAAAGGAGAGUGAGAGGAAGGACCCAUCUUCUGCACAGAUCUCCAAUGUGCCCGUGGAAUCCCAGAUGGAGGAGCUGAUCACCAGGCUGGCCAUCCAGGUGGAGGAGAACGAAAUGCUGAAGGCUGCCCUAAGCAGUGCCCUCCGGGGAAAGGAGGAGGACUUCCGAAUGUACCAUGAGACCCUGGGCCAGGUGAAAGGGGUCUUCCUGCAGGCCCUGCGGCAGCAGAAGGCAGACAAGCGCUAGGAUGGCGGCCCAGUGUCAGCCUGGCUGGACGGGGCAGCCUUAGGCCUUGAGAGGACGAGGCUCUAUCUGAGGACUCCAUCUGCUCCUGGAAGCCAACCUGGGGCAGCCAGCUGGGCCCCUUCUCCUAGAAGAGGCUCUCCAAGGGCAACAAGAGCCAACAUCCCAUGGCAGGAGGGCAAAGGAGAAGCCCUGGGCACGCUUAGCGAUGGCAAGCGAGGAGGCCAGUAGCCUGUCGGCAUCAGCAAGAGCUCUGGGAUGAGAAGCCGGCUGUGAACGGACAGAUGCAGUCCCUUGGGCAGGUGCUCACUGCCCUUGUCCUAGAGCCUAGCGGGGGACCCUGCAUGCCCACAGGGCUCCACAUGUGCAGGAGAGCCCAGAGGGCUCCAGGCUGGGAGCAUCCCCUAGGCCGCCCAGCCCCGCCCCACCUCCGUCACCAGAGCAUCCUCACACCCCACUCCUACCUCCAUUGCUCUAUCUGUGGGCAUCCCCACCCUCUACAGACUUGGGGGCACCGUGCUCCUAGCCACCUUGUCGGCCCACCCCUUAGGGUCCUUCCUUAGGUGCAGACCCUCAGGCUUGUAAUAAUAAUGAUGAUUUUCAUGAUCACCACAGCUCCCAGUGAGUGGGCACCUACUGUGGAAACCCGAUCCCAUCUAGACCUCUAGUAACCCAGGGGGUUGUCACCCUGUUUUACAGAUGGAGAAACUGAGGCUCACAGAAAGACACGGAGCUAAUAUUUAACCCUGGCCUGCAUGCCUGCAAAAGCCAGGGUCCUCUGGCAGAUCCGAAUACCCAGGGUGGGCGUGCCUAGCCAGUGCUGGGCAGCUCUGUCCCCCUGCCAGCUGCUCCAAGAGGCACCUCUUUUUGCUUCCAAAAGGCUGCAGCUGGUGGGUGCUGGUGGCAGAGGGCAGAGGUGGGGCCGGCUUGGAGCUCUGGGCAGGGGCAUUUUGAGGCAGUGGGUCCAGGCGAAGGCAUAGUGUACCUGCCUCACCACAGCACAGGGGUGAACUGGGAGGGCUGCUGCAGGAGAGCCCCCAGGCCCCUCUGUGACUGCCGCAGUGUCACCCCUCUCAACUGCAGUUACUGCCAUGGGGAGGGGUGGCUCCACGGAGGGUAGCCACACACCCCGACCCCAGACACCCUGGUCACACCUGGGCACACAGGGGCCCACACAAAGACACAGGUGCACACAAAUACCUAGACUCAGAAGCAUGAGUCAUAUGUGGACACACAUGUUCCAGCAGACAGUGCUGACUCCACACUCACGGGCCCUGCCUAGCCAUUUCCCUUCACGUGGGAUCAGAGAAAACUUCCUUCACAGGGAAACUGAGCACCCUUUCAUCCUCAUGGCCUUCACUACACUUGCUGGGGGUCUCUAGACCUGUCACCCCAUGCAGGGUUGGGGCUCCGAGUAGCGGGGCCAGCAUGGAGUCACUCCUCAGCCCCAUCCCCGAGGAAGGGCUCGAGCAGACAGGGUCCCAGAAGCCCCAGGUAGCUUCCCCCAUGGAGGGGGUUCGCGGUACGUAUGCCGCAUAUGUGAGUCACUGCACAAGUGACACAAGUGACCGGUCUUCACGAGCGGGAAUGUGCGUCUAACACACACACACACACACACACACACACACACACACACACACGUGUGUGCUUAGAGCAGGUCUGCUCCAUUCCCCCAGCAGAAUCCCUCUUCAGGACUCACUGAGUUAAAAGGUGCCAAGUGCUAGUGCAGCGGCUGGCACAUAGUAGGCGCUCAAUAAACGCCAGCCCACAGUAUUACGUCUAUUAGUUCCACAAAUACUUGUUGAGCAAUUACUCUGCCCUAGGCAAGGGGGUGCCAGGUGAGGCAGACUCAGUCCCCGAGCUCCUGGAAGCCCCAGAUCAGCUGGGGAGACAGAUUCCCAGGCCACCAUCUACCGAGCCAGCUGGCCAUCAAGCAGUCAUCGAGUGCCAACUGCAUACCAGCCUCUCCAGGCCUGUGAGGGGCCCGGAGGCGAAUCUGACUUGCUGCUGCGGCCUUCAGGGAGCUGCCUGUCCAGUCAGAGAGGCGUGGGAAAUAGAGCGCCACGACGGGGCGGGAUGGGUUGGGGGUAGGCAGAG